GAGAGGGGGAGAGAGAGAUGCCCGCUGGACGGAUGGAUUUUAUUUUCCUCGCGCUGAACGAGCCUCUGUGAGAAAACAUGGGCUGCAUCGGAUCCAGAACCAUCACUGUGGAUGCAGUUCCAGUGAGGAAAGAUGGAGAUCAGCAUGGCCGUGCAGAGUUUUCCUGGGAAGGAAUCAAUUUGUCCAUGGAGGACACCACUUCCAUCCUGCCUCGUCUCAAGAGGAAGACAAACAACAGCUAUGGGAUCGGUGCUCUGGCUAAGUCGUCACUGACAGGUGUGUCAGGUGUGACUCGCUCCAUGAAGGACAAAGUGACCAAGCCCACAGCCAUGGCCCAGGGCCGCGUCGCUCACAUGAUCGAGUGGCAGAGCUGGGGCAAACCAUCUGCGGGGCCGCAGGGGGGGGCGGGGCAUAACAACCUGCAGCGGGAGAAGGAGCGGAGGCUGGAGAACGACGCGUACAGCGACCUGAGCGACGGCGAGAAGGAGGCUCGCUUUGCUGCAGGCAUCAUGCAGCAGUUUGCCAUCUCUGAAGCGACUCUGUUUGGCUGGAACUCGAUGGAUGGUGAGAGUAUGGGAGCCAACUCUAACCAGGGCAGCGUGGCUCACCUGAGCGAGGUCAACCAGGAGAGCAUCACCAGCAGAGACCAGGUUCUCCAUCACUCCUCCGCAGACGUCUGGCCUCACACAUACGUGUCACAGGGACUGUACUGUCUGUCGUCCUCGGACGCGUGGGACCCCAUCACGAGUCAGCCGUCGGGCGUGGCUUCACCGGCCGCUGGCUCCUACAUCAUGGCUGCUGGUGGCAGCAACGGCGUGGGUGGAACACCGGGCGAGGCCUAUGAGGGCACGGUGGGCGGUUUCAUUCAGCAGCAUCAGGCUCAACUCACGCUGCAGCAGCAGAGUCAACUCCAGCAGCUCCAGCAGCUUCACCACUACCAGCAGCAGAUCCUGCAGUACCAACAACAACAGUCCAUGGAGCACAGGCUACACAGCGCCUCCCACUCCCUGCAAGCCACUCCCAACAGCACCAUCCACAGCCUCUGCCCCCCCACCCACCCCCGCCUGGCCGACCUGUGGGGGGCGGCGCAGAUCGAGGCACACCAGGUGGACAUCGCAGGACAGCUGAGUGGACAGAUGGCGGACAUGCUCGGAGGAAUGGUGGAGACGGUCGGGGAGGAGCCUGAGACAGAGUCAGAGGACUUUCCUGAGCAGCGCGAAGACGAGGAGGAGCUGACCAAGGUAGAAGACGUCACACUAACCUUAGAGCCAGAGCCAUGCUCUUUGACCCCGUCCCCGCUGAGAGAGGACGCCCUGGCGACCAGAGGGUCCAGCCCGGGACAGAGCGCCGAGUCCGUGGCAGAGAGGACGUCGUUUGACGUGACGUCCUCGUCCUGCGUCGUCCGAUCGCUAGAGGAGAAGGACGAGGAGGUGGAGGACGGCUCGGCUGUCGUCGUCGUCGUCACCAACUGAAAACAAACGGAUAAACACCACAAUAAUCAUUCAUGCUAUUAUCCCAAACCCCGCCCCCCGCUACUUACCCCACUCUGAGUGAGACCAGGAGUUCUUCAGAGGGAGACCUGGGAAGUCAGGAAGUCUCAAAACUCUAAUGUGGAAUAAAACGUUUGUGACGAUGAACUGAAGACAUCACAGACUUCAGAGACUUCAGAGACAUCACAGACUUCAGAGACAUGCUGAGUGAGGACAAGGAGGAUUAAAAGAGUUUGGACCAAAAACCAGGACCUAGCUGUGUGAAUCAUGAAAAAAAGAAGGUAGGACAAGAAAGGACCUCGUUAUUAAAGGGUUAGUUCAGUGUUUUUAUACAUGUACCGACACUCAUGCAAACAUGGCUGCCUGAUCUUAAGAACACGAUCACGUCUUUAUCUCACUGUUAC